AUUCAUUAAUAAAUCAUAUACAAACAUUUGGCACUUCUAAUAGUUAUGAUAAAACACGUCAGAGAAAUACGGGUUCUAGAUUAAUUGGUUGUCCCUUCUCAGUUUGUGGUGUUAAGGGAAAUAAUGAUGUAUGGACUUUAUCUGUCACUGAUCCAACUCAUAAUCAUGAUCCUUCUGAUAACAUGUCAGCUCACCCAUCUCUUUUAAGACCUAAUGAACAGGAAAGAACAAAGUUAUGUACUCAAUAUAAUGAAAAUCCAUUAAUUAGCUAUCUUAAUGAUACAUGGUUACCUUUCAAAACUCAAUUUGUUAGCACUUGGAUUGACUCCUAUCUUCAUUUGGGUAAUACAGCAAUGUCUCGGAUAAAAGAUGCCCAUGUGACUUUAAAGAAAUAUUUACAAGUUUCUACUGUUUCUAAGAUUUCUUUAUUUGCUUUAAAACAAAUUCAUAAACAAUACCUUAAAGCCUCUUGUGCAAUAUCAAAUAACCCUUUUGAACCCUGUAAUGGUGUUUUCAAUAAAUAUAUGGAUCUUCCAUAUGCAUAUAUUAUUCAAGAAUGUCUUGCUACAAAUCAGGUACUAAGCAUUGACGAUAUUUAUCAUCAUUGGUGGAUCAAAGAACCAUCUAUGCUUUUGUCAGACCCAAUUGUGCAACAGACUCGAGGAUGGCCAGUUGGUUCACAAAACAAGAGUAACAAGACUCAAGCCUCUACUAAAAGAAACCUAUCAGCUUUUGAGUUAGAAGAAGCUAGGCUAAGUGGCAGAAAAUGUGAAGUAUGUAAAAAAACCAGUCACAAUAGUAGAACAUGUCAUGAAUCUUCAGAUGUGACAGAAAUUUGA